CUGGUUCCAAAGCCAGAUCCAUCAACAAUAGAGCAUUUGCACAAGCAACUUGAUCGGUUGGUUGACUAACUGAAGCUGCUGUAUCCGCGUAAGGCUGCCGUGUGCAUGAAGCGUCUGAUUGUACAAAGCGAGCUGAUGUUGCGUCAAAAUUCAACUAGUGCACAGGACAACAAGCCUCUGGUGUUAGAUGGCAACCGCAAACAACCACGGUGGCGUUUGACGUCAAACGACGCUGUUCCCUGUGGUCUGUCUCGCCAACCAACUGACCCUGCUGAUUGGUGGUUUCAACGUGAUCGACUUCCAUAUCACCGUUAUUGCUGCGGCAAACAACCCUGCCCGCUGUGUGGAGAAAAUCUUCAGGCGCGUCCACCAAGAUCUUUGAGGCCGUACUCGGCACAGAUGUUAUCAUUUACUAGGAACUCUUGUAAACUGGGUACGGUGGGUGUUUCUUCAACGACUUCAUACCGGGGACCUCGCCUCGCGUCCUACACACCAACUUAUUGUCGCGGGCCAGUUUGGACAUCUGGGACAGUCCCCUCAUCAUUUGAGCUUGAAAUAUCUACAACCGCCACUUCGUCGGGAACAACAGUCUUCUUGGCCCGCUGUGACAAGUCCCUCAAGAAAUUCCGUCGGAAGGAGGGCAGGAGGAUCCAAGUUCAACAAUAUAGACGGAGGCAAUUGGUCGUAGUCCGCGAUGCUCGUAUCCGUACCCAGGUUGAUGGGAGGUGA